ACUCUACAGACCUACACCAUUGCCUUUAAAGUAAACAGGGCCCACCCUGCUGAAGCAUUCAGUGAGCCCAGGCACCAGCACCUUCAAACCAAGUCUUUUCUCUCCUUAGUGCUGCUGCUCCCCACUUUCCAGGCCUUCCUGGGAUAUCUUAGAGCUCCUGAAGGUGGGGCGCUCCCCUCGAGGCAUUUUCUUCUGAGCUGUGAGCCACGGGCAAGCGGUGGAGAGGGAGGAGAGCAGCUGAGACAGAUGCCAGUUCAACUCAUUUAAAGAUGUGGGACACGCUCUGGGGAAGCCCCCAAGACAAUGAUAUCUGGUUGUGCACCAUUGAAGCAAGAACAGAAACCAUCCCAGAGUGGAGGACAUGGCCCAUGUGGUCCUCGUGUUCUGAGUGGCUGUGAGAUGGAGUUCCGUGUGAGCUCUCUACAGAAAAAGCCCUGUCUCCACGCAGUCAGUGGAGAUUUGUUAAACGAGUUGAAACAAAAGAGGACAAGGAAUUGCUGUGGCUUUAGACGUUGCCAGGGCAUGUAGAACACUCACUCAGGAUUUACUUACAACAUCCACUGUGACUUAAGCGCAGGAGGGGUCACAGUCAGAAGGUUACUACUGAGAAAUGUGCCCUGCCCACAGUCUAGAAAAUUAAGUUUGGGCUGGGCACCGUGGCUCACGCCUGUAAUCCCAGCACUUUGGAAGGUGGAGGCAGGUGGAUCACUAGGUCAGGAGUUCGAGACCAGCCUGACCAACAUGGUGAAAGCCCAUCUCUACUGAAAAUACAAAAAGUAGCCGGGCGUGUCAGUGCACACCUGUAAUCCCAGCUACUCAGGAAGCUGAGGCAGGAGAAUCGUUUGAAACCAGGAGGCAGAGGUUGCAGUGAGCCGAGAUUAUACCACUGCACUCUAGCCUGGGCAGCAGAGCGAGACUCUGUCUCAGAAAAAAAAAAAAAAGGAAAAAAAAAGAAAAUUAAGUUUGAAGCCUGAAAUUAACCUCUUGGCGAGAAUGGAAAUGGAAUGAAAUUCCUUUUCCAGAUGAAGCUUCUGAAGAGGAGACCUGGCAGCCUGAGAGCUCAGAAAUAUGCUCAGCAAGUCUUGCAGAAGGAAUGUCGUCCCAAGUUUGCCGAGACCUCAAUGGCGCUGUUAUUUGAGCACAGGUAUAGCGUGGACUUACUCCCUUUUGUGCAGAAGGCCCCCAAAGACAGUGAAGCUGAGUCCAAGUACAAUCCUCCUUUUGGGUUCCGGAAGUUCUCCAGCAAAGUCCAGACCCUCUUGGAACUCUUACCGGAGCACGAUCUCCCUGAACACUUGAAAGCCAAGACCUGUCGGCGCUGUGUGGUUAUUGGAAGCGGAGGAAUACUGCACGGAUUAGAACUGGGCCACACCCUGAACCAGUUCGAUGUUGUGAUAAGGUUAAACAGUGCACCAGUUGAGGGAUAUUCAGAACAUGUUGGAAAUAAAACUACUAUAAGGAUGACUUAUCCAGAGGGUGCACCACUGUCUGACCUUGAAUAUUAUUCCAGUGACUUGUUUGUUGCUGUUUUAUUUAAGAGUGUUGAUUUCAACUGGCUUCAAGCUAUGGUAAAAAAUGAAACCCUGCCGUUCUGGGUACGACUCUUCUUUUGGAAGCAGGUGGCAGAAAAAAUCCCACUGCAGCCAAAGCAUUUCAGGAUUUUGAAUCCAGUUAUCAUCAAAGAGACUGCCUUUGACAUCCUUCAGUACUCAGAGCCUCAGUCAAGGUUCUGGGGCCGAGAUAAGAACGUCCCCACAAUCGGUGUCAUUGCCGUUGUCUUAGCCACACAUCUGUGCGAUGAAGUCAGUUUGGCGGGUUUUGGAUAUGACCUCAAUCAACCCAGAACACCUUUGCAUUACUUCGACAAUCAGUGCAUGGCUGCUAUGAACUUUCAGACCAUGCAUAAUGUGACAACGGAAACCAGGUUCCUCUUAAAGCUGGUCAAAGAGGGAGUGGUGAAAGAUCUCAGCGGAGGUAUUCAUUGUGAAUUUUGAACACAGAAAACCUCAGUUGAAAAUGCAACUCUAACUCUGAGGGCUGUUUUUGACAGCCUUCUUGAUGUAUUUCUCCAUCCUGCAAAUACUUUGAAGUGCAGCUGGUGUUUUUAACUUUUAAUUUAAAAACACAAAAAAAAUUUUAGCUCUUCCCACUUUUUUUUCCUAUUUAUUUGAGGUCAGUGUUUGUUUUUGCACACCAUUUUAUAAAUGAAACUUAAGAAUUGAAUUGGAAAGACUUCUCAAAGAGAAUUGUAUGUAAUGAUGUUGUAUUGAUUUUUAAGAAAGUAAUUUAGUUUGUAAAACUUCUGUUCGUUUACACUGCACAUUGAAUACAGGUAACUAAUUGGAAGGAGAGGGGAGGUCACUCUUUUGAUGGUGGCCCUGAGCCUCAUUCUGGUUCCCUGCUGCGCCGCUUGGUGUGACCCACGGAGGAUCCACUUCCAGGAUGACGUGCUCCGUAGCUAUGCUGCUGCUACAGGGUCUGUGACGCAGCAGCGUGAGGCCUGGACUGGUCGGAGAAGGUCACAGCCCUUCUCUGUUGGUCUGCCUUCUGCUGAAAGACUCGAGAACCAACCAGGGAAGCUGUCCUGGAGGUCCCUGGUCGGGGAGGGACAUAGAAUCUGUGUCCUCUGACAACUGUGAAGCCACCCUGGGCUGCAGAAACCACAGUCUUCCCAGCAAUUACAACAAUUAUUGAAUUCCUUGGGGAUUUUUUACUGCCCUUUCAAAGCACUUAAGUGUUAGAUCUAACGUGUUCCAGUGUCUGUCUGAGGUGACUUAAAAAAAUCAGAACAAAACUUCUAUUAUCCAGAGUCAUGGGAGAGUACACCCUUUCCAGGAAUAAUGUUUUGGGAAACACUGAAAUGAAAUCUUCCCAGUAUUGUAAGUUGUGUAUUUAAAAAAAAAGAAGCUUUUCUGAAUGCCUACCUGGCGGUGUAUACCAGGCAGUGUGCCAGUUCAAAAAGAUGAAAAAGAAUAAAAACUUUUGAGGAGC